AUGUCCGUGGUGUACUUCCUUGGGCAAUUAAUCUUUUGUGGAAAGAAAGACAUCUUCACUGGAAAAACAAAACAAUUGAAAUGGUCAGACCCGGAACUUCUCAGAGAGGCUAAAGAUUACGAUAGUGCUUUAAAAGCGAUGAAGGCAAUUAUAGAUCAAGGCGAAGGCGCGUCGGCAUAUAAUCUAUUGCAACAGAAUGUAGAUUCUUCCGAGUUGGCUCAUUAUUUCAAGUUUUCAUCAAUAUUUUUCACCAACGAGAAAGUGUACAAUAACAAAGAACAGGUAAAUAAACCGGAUAUUGUAUUAUAUAAUAACUACAGUGAAACACGCAAUUUGAUUGGUCAACAGCCGUGCAGGAUCAGACAAUCCUGCACGGGAAAUUCUGAACAGAAAUUCUUGCACUGAUAAUUUUACAAAUAUACUCGCAUUGUAAAGUUUCAUUGUACGAUACCUUUCGACUUUGAAGUAAGUUUCCAAUUAUUGAGACGUUGGUUUAGUUGUAUGAAUAAAUUUCUGAUCGAUACAUUGCUAUUCAGCAAGUAGCAACGCGUAUAGCGUUGAAAUUCAUCAGACCAUGGCAUGUAAGUACAACAUCUCUCGCUUCAAAGUUGAUCAAACGCUCCGCAAUCUUCACAUAUUCAGCUGGAGAAUCUUCAAUAUUACUUUGGCUCUCUGUUUAGCGGGUUUUCCAUUUCAAAUUUCGAAUAUCUUAUCGAAAAAGUCCCUGUAUUUUCGCUGUAUAUUUUCGCGAAUUUGCGAUCAAAUUCUGUUCACAUAUGUUGUUGUUUUCAAUAGCGUGGAGUAGCGAUUCUCUGAUUGGUUAAUUCACGAAUGUUGUGAGAACUGCACAUUUCAUCAGUAAUUUUAAUCAAGUUAAGCGUCGUUUCACUGUAGUAAUUUCACUGUAGUAAGCGUCGUUUCACUGUAGUAAUUGUAUAAAACAAUUACUAAAUGGUUUUCCCGUGCAGGAUAGCAUGAUCCAUGCACUUGGGAUGUUGCUCGACUUUCGGAAAGCGUAAAAAUACACGAGCCUACGGCUCGUGUAUUUUUACGCUUUCCGAAAUGCUCGCAACAUCCCGCGUGCAUGGAUCACGCAAUUCUGCACGGAAAACCAUUCGAUAUUCCUUUACUAUUGCAUUGUAUAAUUUACACCAUACGGUACAGUUCCGCUCAUUACAAAGUAUUGGCAGGCAGGACAUCUCAAGCAGAAUACUUACUAAUUCCAUUCGACAAUAUCUAUUUACUUAUUAAUUACCAUCUUAUGCCAUAUUAGUUCUGCGUUGUUGCAAUGCCCAACAUACCAGUAAUACAAUCACCAAUUUCCAGAAAUUUUGCAUUUAAGUACCGUUAUAACGUAGCGGGGAUUUCUAGCUUAGAUGCGCCUUCACUGACUGAGUCACAACACUGGAUGAAUGGGUAACGGCUCUUACUACGAUAAUCCGUCCACACAAAAUUGGUGGUAGCGACCAUAUUCAAAAACGUAAAUCAGUAUAUAAAUUUUAAUCAGUUAGCAUGUCGCCUCUCCUGAUCAGCUUCGUUAUAAAUCCUUGGUUAUAAAAACAAUGCGAAAUGUUUUAUUCAAAUUACUCAUGAUCAGAAUUAAUUUCCCGAAGAAAUAGCCCAAAUAUCUUAAUAGUUCAAGACGAUAACCUAAUGUGGUGCAGUGAUUCUUAAGCUUGUUACAAUUGUUACAAGUUAGAAAGUAAAAAGUAACCAGAAAUACAUGCGUGCAUGCAACUCCAACUUUCUAAAUACCGUUUGAACAUAAAUUUUCAAAAUUAGUCAACAGCGGACUGAACGCUGCCUGGCAGUCAAACUGACGUCAUGUUGUACACAUGGUACGACGAUUAUUUUAUGAUUUUAAGGCCCGUUUCAUACGCCGUACUUCACAUGUACCGAAUACAUUAAAAACAAUAGAUAAUGAGGCAUUUCAGCUCAUUACCUAUUGUCUUUAAUGUAUUCGGCACAUGUGAAGUACGGCGUAUGAAACGGGCCUAAAUCAUGGCAAAAUCUCUCACCAUUUCUUCAAAGCAAAAGUAAAAACAUCGUUUUAAAGUAAAUUCUAUGAUAUUACUCUCCUAUAUGUACGUUUUUAAGAUCUUGCUACAUUGCAAUUUCAUAUCCUGGUAUUCUAGUAGUUUGCUCUACUUUUGAGAUUAGUGAGGUAUUAUACAGCAUACGACCCAAUGAAUAUGGCGUUUCUAUCCGGUUUUAAGUCAGCUUAGCAGCGCCGGAUUGUAUAGCGAUGGGGGUUAGAGGAAGAAGGUAUAUUUAAGUGUUGUUCAUGGAAAUAAAAAAUUGUCAUAUUAUCGUGGUGGUCGUAUUAACGAAGUGGUGGAAUGGCGGGAUUCCACUGUAGGUAUUACCGCCCUCUGGUAAAAAAAAUAUGCGUACGGCUCUUCAGCUUAGUAAUGACAAUGCGCUGUUAGAUUAUAUUAUAAAGGAUAUAUAUUUUAAUCAAUUUUUCACCAGGAAUCACAUGAGAACUAUGUCUACGCAGGUGACAAAAUUUCUUUCUUCGAAACUGGAGUCUGGCCUGUGGUGAAUAACCCACAAAUGUCAAAGUACAAACCUGAUAGUCAGGCUUAUAAGAAUGCGCAAGCUUUCAAUGAUGUGUACAGGAAGUUAUUGGAGACCUUGCAAAGUGUAUUCGAUGGCAAUGUUGACAGGUAAAAAAAGAAAUUAAUAAGCAAGAAAGUAACUAAGUAAAUAAAUUAAGAUCUUCUAUGCCUCGCAAUUUUCUGAAGAACUUCUAUAUUUUAUUACAAAAGAUUAAAUUACUGAAUAUUAAAUGGUGGCAUAUAUUACAAUAAAUUUAAAAAUCUUCUUUACCUCCAUUUUCUAAAGAACUUCUAUAAUUUUUUACAAAAGAUUAAAUAACUAAAUAAAUUAAAGGUAAAUGGAUGGCACAUAUUUUACAAAACUUAAAACAUGAAAUAUGACAUGAUUUUAAUUUAACCAGUAAAUAAAUCCAUAUCCUCCGAUAAAUUAGCUAUAAAUCCAUCCAUGUCCGAAAUUAAAUAUAAUUAGCUAAAUGAGUAAUUGAGUAUGUAAAAAAGUAUAAAUAAGUACAGUAAGUACUAAGUAACUAGGCUAAGUACAGUAAGUAAUUUUAAAGAGGGUUGCAUGUCAUAGUACUUCAAAAGACUGAUAGCUUGCCCAUUUUAAGAAAUUCAAGUUACGCUAAAAUAUUUCAUAAAAAGAUCAUUUCAAAUUAAUUGAUGUUAAUAUAGAAUAUAUAGUUUUAUUGAACUAUAUACUAAAAUGGCUUAAAUUAUGUUUUAGGAAUCUUUGGUAUUUUGUAAUACUAAAAUGACUAUUCACUUUCUGUCUAUCAGGAUAAUGAUAAUAAACCAGUUCUAUUUUUUUUUAAUUUCUGUGUGUUCAUCUCUAUUUUCCAGGUUCGAUGACGCGUUUGGUUUGAUGAAAUCUUUGAUUGUGUAUGGCACCCGCGUGGUUCAGACACCAAUUGAUGAUGGCGGUGAUCCUAACAUUGGUCCUAACGCAGGUCCCACUUAUUUCAACUAA